AGUGACGUACUGCCGCGCCUGCGGUCAGUGUGUUGUGCGCGCUCCCGAAGAAGAAGAGUGUUCAUACAACACGGUGGAACCCAACGACAGAAAACCACCGAUUUAAGUGAGAAAAUGACUGCUACAUCACCUAAACAUUCAUUAAACGCUCGACAUUAAUCAGGUAUCAUUUGCUGACUUCAGCCAUGUCUUGUCGUGACAUUCACGCCACCAAUGCGUUCGCCUUUGUUAUUGCGAUGCUGUCGGUCGGUGGUUUGACCGUUGCUACACUCAUUCCUCAGUGGAGAACCAUGCGCCUGCUUACCUUCAACCGUAAUGCCAAAAAUGUGACUGUAUACGAUGGCCUGUGGACCAAGUGUGUACGGCGGGAUGGCUCUUCAGGCUGCUAUUACUUUGACUCAGACUGGUACGCAAAAGUAGACCAGUUGGACCUCAGAUUGCUGCAAUUCUGUUUACCUACUGGUCUGCUGUUUUCCAGCUUGGCUCUUCUGCUCUGUCUUACUGGCAUGUGUAAAACUGCUUGCUGCUCCAAAACCCCUGACGACAUCAAGAACUCUCGCUGCUUGGUCAACAGCUCAGGCUGCCAUCUAGUAGCUGGGAUGCUUCUGUUUCUAGGUGGAGCGAUCGCCAUGCCACCCUCCGUCUGGUUCCUCUUCCACACCCGUCACCUAAAUGAGCGCUACGAUCAUUUAUUUGCUGUUGAGUUUGGGGUGUAUGUGGCCAUCGGCAGUGCUGGUGGUUUAAUCCUGGCUGCUCUGCUGAUGUUCAUGUGGUAUUGUAUGUGUAAAAAACUGCCUUCGCCUUUCUGGCUGCCUCUUCCUGAAGUGCCCACAAUGACCCAAAGCCUCUCUGCGCAGCCUCUCAUGACCAACGGUUUGCCUACUCCCGUGACGUACGCGCCCCAGAGCUUCCCUCCAGCCGUUCUGGACGCCCCUGCUUUUGUCCCAAUGCAGGGUUACCCUCAACCUGCAUCCACACAGCCUAUGCCCCCCCACGUCUACAUGCCACAAAUGUCUGUGCCAGAUGGUUAUGGCUCAGAAGUUGGAGCCUCGCAGGUUUAUAGUUAUGCCCCCUCACAAAGCUACGCUCCUUCUCAGGGAUAUGCUCCAUCACAAAGCUACGCGCCAUCACAGAGGUACGCCGGACACCGAUAUUCGACACGCUCCCGAACGUCAGGGAUUGAGAUUGACAUUCCUGUCCUCACAGAUUGAGAUUGGCUGUCUAAGGAUAUUUCAAAUUAAAAAGGUCAUAUUUAGAAAUUAGACAACAACUCUGAUGGUAAAUUUAAAGUCAUGUAAAUGGUUAAAUAGAAAGAACAGCCUUCAUUUGGUUAAUGUCGCCUCUAAUUCUUAGGACUAAAAUGGCCAGAACUAUCAGAAAAGUGAUUUGAGCAGAUAGAAAGGUGACAUUCUCAUAUAACCUCGUAUUACAACUAAAGUCUGCAGUAAAGCAACUCUGAACACAUCAAACCUUGAAGCAGAUGAGCUACUGCAGAAGAAGAGCAAACUGGUGACACUCCUGUCUGCUAAGAAAACUGAGGUUCCCAUUGACAUGAGCUCAACAAAACUAUGACAGAAAAUUGUAGGAAGGUUGGCUAUUCUGAUACAUCUUAGGCCCAUUUCAGUUCUACCUCUUAAACCCUUCCACUUACUCUUACGCCUCCAAGCAAAAGAGAAUCAGUAAGCGAAAGUGCCGUUUUUAUUGAAUCAAAAAGGUCAUAAUUAGAAAUUAGAGAACAACUCCGAUGGUAAAUUUGAAGACAUGUAAAUGGUUAAAUUGAAAGAUUAGCCUUUAUUCAGUUGAUGUCGCCGGUGCCUCUUAAUUAUUAGUACUGAAAAUGGCCAAAAAAGGAAAAAUCGAUCAAAAAAAUUAUUUGAGCAGAUAAAAAGGUGACAUUUUCUCAAAUAACCUCUUAUUACGAUUAAAGUCUGCAGGAGAGCAACUCUGAACACAGCAAACCUUGAAGUAGAUGAGCUACAGCAGCAGCAGAAGAAGAGCACUCUGGUGACACUCCUGUCUGCUAGGAAAACUGAUGCUCCAAUUGACAUGAAUUCAACAAAACUCGAUAUCAGAUCAGGCAACCAUUUUACAAUCUUCUGUUAACACUUAGGCCCAAUCCAGCCUUCCACUCACUGAUUAUUUUUUGCUUGGAGGCGCAGUAAGGCGAAAUGCCCUCCAAAUACAAAGGUCAUAAUUAGAAAUUAGAGAACAACUAUGAUGGUAAAUUUGAAGUCAUGUAAAUUGUAAAAUUGAAAAAUAAGCCUUUAUUCAGUUGAUGUCACCAAUGCCUCUUAAUUCUUGGCACUGAAAAUGGCCAAAAAAAGGGAAAAAAACAACCCGAAAAGCGAUUUGAGCAGAUAGAAAGGUGAUGUUGUCUCAAAUAACCUCUUACUACAACUAAAGUCUUCAGGGGAGCAACUCUGAACACAUCAAACCUUGAAGCAGAUGAGCUACAGCAGCAGAAGAAGAGCGCACUAGUGACAUUCUGGUCUGCUAAGAAAUCUGAUCAUAAUUAGAAAUUAGAGUACAACUCUCAUGGUGAAUUUGAAGUUAUGUAAAUGGUUAAAGAUACGCCUUUAUUCAGUGGAUGUCGCAGAUGCCUCUUAAUUCUUAGCACUAAAAUGGCCAAAAAGGGAAAAAAGGUCAUGAAAGCAGUAACACUAGCUGAAGUUGUGCAUCUCGCUUUAUAAUAGUUUCAUUUAUAAAACACAAGCAAAACAAACUUGUUAAUAAUUUCACUGAGUAUGUCAAGGUGACUUCACUUAAUUCAUACUCAUGUUUCGUGUUGUUACUCUGCUUUUAAAUGUCAGUAGAAACACUGAAUAUAAAGUUGAUUUUAAGCACUGUUUUAACCUUUAAGCAAAUAUUUCUGCUAAUAUCUAAAUGUGACUAUUACAGUAAAUAUUAGAAAGAGAUGUAACACUGACUGCUGAAACUGUAUUAUUCUCAGUGCCAUGAAGUUGGACGUUUUCUUUUUUAAGCUUAGUGAAUAUGUUGGUUUAUUGCUCUAAUAUCUGUACAUCAUGUUUUCAUGGGGUUUUAUGCAGAUGUCACAAUGUUAAACGAACACCUAGUAGAGGUUUUUUAUAUAUACAUGGAAGAAUCAUCUCUGCCUGAUGCCUUUGUGCAGCUUAACUCUUGUUUCCAGAACUGUACUUCCACUUAUUAAUUUAAUCCUUUAUAAUGAGCCUUACAUCAACAAGCCAUUAACUGAACACUGCGUUGCAUUCCAUUGUUUUCUUAUAAAUGUAAAUGUUAUCUUAUUGUUGUUGUUGUGUUUUAAAGGUGUCACCAGCGUAUUCAUCAUUGUGCAACUCAGCAUUUGAAUAAUGAAUGCUCCAUUAAUGUGUUUGUUUACUGUUAGUUUCUUAGCUGAAUUGAGGAAAACACGCUAAUGUCUUAAACUUGAUCUUCGCCUAUUGAAUGUUGCACAUAUCUAUUUCAGUUUGCCUGUUUCUGCAAAGCUCUGCAGCACAAUGUUAAUUUUAAUCACUGUGUAGUUUACUAAUGUCUUUGUUUUUUUAUUAAAGUGCAGUUUAUUGAA